GACUGGCAGCUCUCCACUGCAUCUUAGCAUAAGAAUCACCACAGUGACUUAGCAAAGGAAAACAGUCGCUGAAGACACAUCUUUACCAGGCUGCUACGUAGCACCAGGCAUCACAGCCACAAUCUCCAUUUCUUCAAAGAGCAAAGUGAAGAGAAGUUCCCCAGAAACAUGAUUGGCCUGUGGUUCCUCUCUGUUCUCACUUACGGACUUAUGGUGCUUGAGGAGGGCAAUUGCUGGACAUACCACUAUUCAGAAAAAAACAUGACCUAUAAGCUUGCGGAGGAAUGGUGUAGGAAACACUAUACAAAUAUGGUUGCCAUUCAGAAUAAGGAGGAAAUUGUCCAUCUGAAUGCAUUUCUACCCUUCAAUCCAACUUAUUACUGGAUUGGAAUCAGAAAGAUUGAUAAUGAGUGGACCUGGGUUGGAACAAGAAAACGGCUGACUGAAGAGGCUAAAAACUGGGCUAAGGGUGAACCAAACAACAAAAAGAAUGAUGAGGACUGUGUUGAAAUCUACAUCAAAAGAGAUAAGGAUGCAGGCAAAUGGAAUGAUGAAAGAUGCAGCAAACAGAAGGUUGCCUUGUGCUACGCAGCUUCCUGUAACCAGUCUUCCUGCAGUGGCCAUGGUGAAUGCCUGGAGACCAUUAACAAUCAUACCUGCCUCUGUGAUGCUGGAUUCUAUGGGCCUGAAUGCCAGCAUGUUGUGACCUGCGACCAACUAAAAGAACCCGAUCAAGGGACGCUGGAGUGCAGCCAUCCACUGCAGAACUACAGCUACAACUCAUCCUGUGAGGUUCAGUGUGCAGAAGGCUAUGAAUCAACUGGGUUUGAACCAGUUUGGUGUACCUCUUCCGGAAACUGGUCUGCACCCACUCCAGCAUGUAGAGUUGUGCAGUGUGAUGGCUUAAAGGCUCCAGCUCAUGGCUCCGUGACGUGCUCUCCUGCCUCUGGGAACUUUCUGUGGAAUUCAACCUGUGAGUUUGCCUGUGAAGAAGGGUUUGUGUUGAAGGGAUCAGACAGGCUGCAGUGCGGCGCUUCUGGAGAGUGGGAUGGACGGCAGCCGCAAUGUGAAGAGGCCCUGUGGAGUGAGUAACCACAAGAAAAUCAGUUGUUAAGGACUCCAUCUGCACAGUAAGGUCUACCCAGGUAGAUCCACCGAUAAGAUUUAGUAGAAGAAAAUGCAACGGAAUGAGGAGUUUGGUAACAUGUUGGUAAUAAUGGCACUGAUUCCUUUCUGCUGGCAUUUGGAGGACAGUUUAAAAUCAUAGAAUAUCAGGGUUGGAAGGGACCUCAUCUAGUCCAACCCCCUGCUCAAAGCAGGACCAGUCCCCAGACAGAUUUUUACCCCAGUUCCCUAAAUGGCCCCCUUAAGGAUUGAACUCACAACCGUGGGUUUAGCAGGUCAAUGCUCAAACCACUGAGCUCUCUCUCCCCUAGUAGCUACAUUAGACAAACAGAUCACACUAAAGCACCCAAAGUAAGUUUCCCAUGAAGAAGUACAAAUUUCUCUGACCGCCAUACACCAAAGCUAUUCUACAUAUAACAAAUCAGAGAGUCACUGCUGCGAUCUCUUAUUUUUGCAAGUCUUGUAACAUUUGGAACUGCUGUAACUACAACAGACACUUUCAGAGCUCAUACAGAGAUGGCCCUGCAGUAGAAUCAAAGAGCUAUUCUUUGUGGUUCACUUACCUAUAUAUCUGAAGAUACAGCUGGUGUAAUUGACAGCAGGAAUCAGAGAGGAAAGGAAUAAAUUCCUGCAAAAGCCAACAAUUUUGAAUGGUAUUAUCAAAAUGAAAUAACGAUUAAAUAUAUUUUUCUUCUGCUUA